AUGUUCAGAAGCAUGAAGCAUAAUCACCAAUCAAGAUCCGGGCAGUCAAGUCUCCAUCCUUACAGUCUACUUUUCCUUACGCUCUUGGCGAUACCAUCAAGCCUUACAUCGGCACAAAAGACAACAGCCGGACCAGCUGCCACCGUCUCGCUUUACAAACAAACCGACUACUCGACCGCGCGCUCAUGCGCCGUCGGCUGUCUCGUCUACAACGGCAUCUACAACUGCGGCGUGAAUGCAGGCUACCAGGACCUCGGCAUCGGCCUUGGCUGCGGCUGCGGUCCCGCCAACGGCUGUUACUGCAACACCAAGGUCGCGUCCGAGGCGAGCUCGUACAUAAGCUCUUGCGUCAGCUCCAGGUGCGCCGCCAACGUCGCCGAUUGGAAAUCCGAAGCCGGGAGCAUGAUGGACAUGUACAGGGCAUACUGCGCCACGGCUAAUGUGGAGCCCACGCCCAACGCUGCUGCAAACGCGCCGAACCCAGCGGGCGUCACGGGCAAGGCCGCAUCGUCGGGUACCCUGCAGACUGGCGCGAGUGGGGGAAGCAGGACCGGGGCUGGGCUUCCCGCCGAGACGAGCGAUUCGGGAGCGGGGCAGCAGCAGGGUGGUGGCACUGGAGGAGAUUCGGCGAGUAAGGGGGGUCUCAGCCAGUCAGACAUCAUCGCCCUGGCGGCCAGUCUGGGCGUCGGAGUGCCUAGCUUGAUGAUUGCGGCCGCAACCUUGUGGCUGCAGAUGAAGAAGAAGAAAAGCAAAGCUCAGGCUGCAGCAGCGGCUGCAAAACCGCCUUCUGUGCAGGGCGGGACGUCUCCUUAG